UCCUGCCUCCCUGUCCGGCGUGGGGCAGCGGCUGCCCCGCGGACCCUUUUACUUCACGCAGGAGGGAAAACAUCCCCGGUCUUGCCGUCCUCAGUCGUUUACGCCGAAGUGUAGGAGCCGUGGGAGCUGCUGCAGCAUCUCCCGUUAGGUGGCACCGGCAUCGGGGCUCGGCUCCGGCGGAGCGAGGCAAGGCACCGGUGGUGGGAGAGACCCCCGAGAGGAUGGGGUGUCCGCCGGCCACAUGUCGAGCAGCGGUUUGUCGUGAGAGCAUGGCUCCUCGUGUGUGUGUGGUUAUGUAUGUAGCUGGGUGCCCUUACAGCUGGGAUUUAAUUUGGAUUAACUAGGUACCUCAGGAUCUGCGUGAAACAUAAGCAGCUAUUUAAAAUGCGUUGGCAGAGAGCAUUUAACUUAUGGUUCGGGCUUUUGCACGAAUUUCAUCUACCUUUCCGUGUUUCUCUACAAGCAACUGCAAAGAGCUGCUGCUUUGGUGCACUCAGUUGCUCUCCUUUGGGAGUUUAAGUGUGCUUUCUUCCUCAAGAGAACAGCUGAAAGGACAAGGAGGUCUGAGGAGUGUGAAGGCAGCAGGCAGUGCUUUCCUUUCCUUUCACAGGGACAAUUCACCAGACUAAAAGCACUUGAAAACUGCACAUUGUGUUUUGCUGGUAACAGCUUCAUGGAGUUACUUUUGCCUCUCAGUUUCUUAAUCUGGUGUGUUCCUCCCCACAUCACCCUGCUCCCGGCCAUACUUAGCAAGAAGCCACUUCAAGAGCCUCCCACAGGUUUGUAUUUUAAACUCAGCUUCCCUCGUGUGGGCUCUCUAUUGAGAGCACUGUGAUUAAACUGUGCACCCAGAAGAUGAGAUCAUAUAAUACUCGUGAGGGCAAUUAUUCAGAGCAGAAUUUGCAGUGGAAGAUUUUGUAUGUACCAGCAGGCAAGUCUUACAGAUGCUUCUGUAUAAAUGGGAUGUUUAAUUCAUCUGUUAAUUAAACUUAAUUUCCCUGUUACCAAGUGAGUGUUAACGUAGGCUAACAAAAACACAGCAGUAACAUAUGCAUUAAACUUGAACUUUUUAUUUGACCCGAGCUAUUUGUUAGAUCUGAGAGCAGACUUUAAGACCUGAGCUUAAUGAAUCUUCCCGCUCAUGUUUUCAGAAGUUUUACAAAUGAAAAAAGAUACGCUAUUCCUUCUGACAUCAGUUCUCCAGAGCUUUACCUCCACUUGCCUGUCGGCUAGUGGGAGGCCAGAAGAGAGGACCCAUGGUGCUCCCGUGUGGCACCUUAUGAUUUCCAAAGCCAUGCACAUUGUAGGGGUCGUGGGACACAGCUGCAACAAGCACCUUGCCUGGGCCACCGUCCCAGGUCUUCCUAUAGGGACACAAGCUGAUCCACCCCACUGCAGCAUGCUGUGCUCCGAAGUGCAAGCUGCCCCCUGACUCGCCUUCCCAGAGAAAGGUCAAGGCUGAUGUGGCUGUCCCCUUGACUUCUAAUGGAAAGAGAUGACGUUUGGGUCACUGCCUUUUGACAACAGUAGAUUUACUAGUAAGACAGUUACAGGAAACUUUGCCAAUGUGAUUCAUGGUUUGAAUGCAAACCACCUGACAGACCAAGUCAUUCAGAGAAGCAAGCGAAUGAUUCUGGAUACUCUGGGAGUAGGGCUUCUGGGGACCAGCACCGAGGUCUACCACAAAGUGAAACAGUACAGCAAAAUCUACAGCUCAGACAUAUCCAGUACCAUCUGGGGCCACUUGGACUUCCGACUGCCUCCUCUGUAUGCAACUUUUGUGAAUGGAGUGGCUGUGCACUCAAUGGAUUUUGAUGACACGUGGCAUCCAGCCACACACCCCUCUGGGGCUGUGCUCCCUGCCGUGAUUGCUCUCUCUGAGGCCUUUCCUCAGAAGAAAAAAAUCUCAGGUCUUGACCUGCUCUUAGCUUUCAACGUGGGAAUUGAGGUGCAAGGCAGGUUGCUACGCUUUUCCAAUGAAGCCAGGAAUAUUCCAAAAAGGUUUCACCCACCAACUGUGGUUGGUACGAUAGGGAGUGCAGCAGCUUGCGCAAAACUGCUAGCUCUUGACCAGGUGAAAUGCAAAAACACCUUGGCUAUUGCUGCCUCCUAUGCAGGUGCCCCCCUGGCGAAUGCAGCAACCCAAACGAAGCCCCUCCACAUUGGCAACGCUGCCAAGCACGGACCUGGAAGCGUGCUUAGCCUCACAGACCUUCAAGGAAACAAACAUCUUGACAUGGAGUCGGGGAUGGGUGCCUUUUACACAGACUACAGUCCACAGUCUCUGCCAACCUUGCAGUCCUAUGCCUGGCUGUUGGACCAGCAAGACGUGGCCAUCAAGCGCUUCCCUGCUCAUCUUGGAACGCACUUGGCUGAUGCAGCAUCUGCUGGUAGGAGGAAGCUCAUAGAGAGCAGCGACAACUUGCUUCCCCUUGAUAAAAUUGAGAAAGUCAUUGUCAAAGUCCCAGAAGUCAAGUACGUGAACAGGCACCCUAACUCGGAACACGAAGCUCGACACUCCUUCCAGUUCGUUGCCUGCUCUGCUCUGCUGGACGGCAGCAUGUCAGUCCAGUCCUUUGCCAGGUGAGACAUCCACCGGCCAGCCUUACGGGAGCUUCUCUGCAAAUGCAGCUAGAGCACCCUGCCGAUAACAAACCUAGCUUUGAGAGUCCUUUACUGCGAAGUGACUGUUGUGCUUCAGGAUGGCAACACGAUUAGCGACCGCUGCGACACCUUCUAUGGGCACUGGAGGAAACCUCUGAAAAAGGAGGACCUGGAUAAAAAAUUUCAAUCCAAUGCUUCUGAAGUCCUCCCUGCAGAAGCCACAGAAGGCAUUAUAGAGACUGUGUACAACCUGGAAAAAGUAAAGGACUGUUCCAUAUUAAGUAUGUUUUAUCAGGACAGUCAGCUAGAGCAGUUUCAGAGAAACUGCGCUUACUUUGAACUCACAGCUAGAUGCUAUUCACAAAGCAAACAAAAUUCAGGAAGAGGCCUUAGUGACUCAAGCACUUUUAAAUUGGACUUACUAACACAAGAGCCAUUGUCAGUCCAAUAUUCCGGUUUUUGACUAAGUAAGUAAUUUAGAAAUAACACGCACCGUUCAGUGAGAGAGGCUGAAGAUCUGCUGGCACAGUCUACUUCAAUUAUCUUGUGUCUCUAGAGGCAGAGCACUGCCUGCGUGCUGCAUAAAAAUUUCCCUAGUCUUCUGCCAAAAGAAAUCUGCACGUUCUGCUUCUGCAAAAUCACUUCGUAAAGGAAAUCGAAAUUCUGGAGGGGUACGGAAAUGCUGUCUCUAUGAGAAACACCACUGUGAGAAGGACAGAAAAUAAGUCUCUAAACAUGUAUUUCUGUACAUUUAGCUAUAAAGUCUCCUUGAAGAGGCCACCUGCUACAUCAGAGCUUUGACGUUUGUAGCAAAAUAAAUACAUAAAACAGAGUAGUAGCUCUUGAUACUCUGCAGUACGUCAGGCUUUGCUAUCAAGACCGGAAUGUUCUUCAUCACGCUGCUACACAGCAAGAGGGACAACUCUAUGCUCCUAGUCCCAGAAGCAUUUCCCAGCCCCAUCUUUUGGCUGCUUAAUUGUACAGGUUUAGUCCUGCCGUAUACCCACUUCAAUUAAAAGGUGCUGGCUCAACAGGAGAUUCAGCCCCACUUCAACCACUGAGACAACCAGAAACUUUUAACAACUGUGCAUUUAGGCUGGGGGGUGUUUAUUCUUAGUAGGCAAGAAACAUUUUACAGUGAGAGAGGUUGUGGUAGUCCUACAUUUUCUGACUGCAUACAUGCAAGUGUAGUCCUGGUAAAAGAUAUACUAUGCUCUUGUGAACAAUUGCAAGUUUUUAAUAAGAAAGCUGCUUCUGCCGCAUUUCAAGUUUAUGCUCAAGCUGUUUACUUCAAAAGAUUAUCUGCUGUCUUUUUACUUUGACAACCAUUCCCACUCAGCACCAAUUAGUGAUGCCAUGUUUAGAUUACUGCAGUGUCUGCAGUAGGUAUCAAGACACAUCUUAUGCUGCAACCACUAAGUGACCACAGUGACAAUCUACUCACCUUGGUAACUAAUUCUGGGAAUCUUUAGUUCCUUUGAGUCUCACCACUUUUACUUAGACAAGGCCUUGAAAGAUUGUGCUUCUGAGAGGCUAACUUUUGCCCACAUUUAUAAGAUCAAAGCAGGUGUUGUUAAGAUGUAUAAAGUGUACCUACUUUAGAGCACUGAAGUAUGUAAAAAAAAGUUUAAAAA